GCGCGGAGGCGGGGCCGGCGGCCUCCCGGAAGCGGCGCGGCGGCGGCUGCAGCUGGGGGCCAGGCGGUAGUGUCCCAGGCUGCCAUGAGCCGCGGCGACGGUGGCGGCGGCUGCCGGCAGCGGGGAUGCUGCUUAAGCUCCUGCAGAGGCAGACCUACACCUGCCUGUCGCACAGGUAUGGCCUUUACCUAUGCUUUGGAGGCGUCGUCCUCAUGAUCGUCUCCGCCUUCCAGUUCGGAGAGGUUGUUCUGGAAUGGAGUCGGGACCAAUAUCAUGUUCUAUUUGAUUCAUAUAGAGACAACAUUGCUGGAAAAUCUUUUCAGAAUAGGCUGUGCUUGCCUAUGCCCAUCGAUGUGGUCUACACCUGGGUGAAUGGCACUGAUGUUGAAUUGCUUAAAGAGCUUCGGCAGGUCAGAGAACAGAUGGAGGAAGAACAGAAGGCAAUGAGAGAAAUCCUUGGAAAAAACUCCACAGAACCAACAAAGAAAAGUGAAAAGCAAUUAGAAUGUUUGCUAACACACUGCAUUAAAGUGCCCAUGCUCAUACUAGACCCUGCCUUUCCUGUCAACAUCAGUCUCAAGGAGUUGCCGUCCAUUUAUCCUUCUUUGCAUUCUGCUAGUGACACAUUCUUUGUCGCAAAACCCAAAAACCCUUCAACUAAUGUUUCCGUUGUCGUUUUUGACAGUCAGAAGGAAGUCGAAGAUGCCCAGGCUGGAAUGUUAAAAGCAGUCAGCAAACAGACCGUGUGGAGGGGCUAUUUGACAACAGACAAAGAAGUACCUGGCCUAGUGCUGAUGCGGGACUUGGCUUUCCUGAGUGGAUUUCCACCAACAUUCAAGGAAACAAGUCAGUUGAGAGUGAAGCUCCCAGAAAACCUGUCCUCCAAAAUAACACUGUUGCAGUUGUAUUCAGAAGCCAGUGUUGCUCUUCUGAAAUUGAAUAACCCAAGGGGUUUCCAGGAAUUGAAUAAGCAAGCUAAGAAGAACAUGACCAUUGAUGGAAAAGAGCUGACUCUCAGUCCUGCCUAUUUGUUAUGGGAUCUCAGUGCCAUCAGUCAGUCUAAACAGGAUGAAGAUAUUUCUGCCAGCCGUUUUGAAGAUAAUGAAGAGCUGAGAUAUUCUUUGAGGUCCAUAGAGAAGCAUGCCCCAUGGGUGAGAAAUAUAUUCAUCGUAACCAAUGGACAGAUCCCUUCCUGGCUGAAUCUUGACAACCCUCGUAUAACCAUAGUAACUCAUCAGGAGGUAUUUCAGAAUUUGAGUCAUUUGCCUACUUUUAGCUCCCCUGCUAUUGAAAGCCACAUUCAUCGGAUUGAAGGGCUGUCCCAGAAGUUUAUUUACUUAAAUGACGAUGUAAUGUUUGGGAAGGACGUUUGGCCAGAUGAUUUUUACAGUCACUCCAAAGGUCAAAAGGUUUACUUGACCUGGCCAGUUCCCAACUGUGCUGAGGGCUGCCCUGGAUCCUGGAUUAAAGAUGGUUACUGUGAUAAAGCUUGUAAUAAUUCAGCAUGUGAUUGGGAUGGAGGAGAUUGCAUUGGCAACAGUGGCAACAGUCGAUAUGCUGGUGGAGGAGGUGGCCAUGGCGUGGGGGUGGUUGGACAGCCCUGGCACUUUGGUGGUGGAAUAAGUGGUAUCUCUUACUGUAACCAGGGAUGUGCCAAUUCUUGGCUUGCUGAUAAGUUCUGUGAUCAGGCAUGCAAUGUGCUGUCUUGUGGGUUUGAUGCUGGUGACUGUGGGCAAGAUCAUUUUGGUGAAUUAUACAAGGUGACUCUCAUCCCAAACCAGACUCACUACAUUAUCCCCAAGGGAGAAUGCCUCCCCUAUUUCAGUUUUGCUGAGAUAGCCAAAAGAGGAAUUGAGGGUGCCUACAGUGACAAUCCAAUCAUCCGCCAUGCCUCAGUUGCCAACAAGUGGAAGACGAUCCACCUCAUCCUGCACAGUGGAAUGAAUGCUACCAUUGUACAUUUCAACCUCACAUUUCAAAACAAAGACAACAAAGAGUUUAAAAUGCAGAUCACAGUAGAAGUGGAUACUAGGGAAGAACUGAAGCCCAAUAUCACUACGCAGAAGCCUCAUAUAAGUCUGGCUAGCUCCACCACAGCUCUGCCAGAGGCUGAAAUCCUAUUUGAAGAUGUUCCAGAAGAAAAACGCUUCCCAAAGUACAAGAAACAUGCAGACAGAUUUCAGGAAACUAUAAAAAUACCCCUUGUAAAUAUCUCAGAACUUCCAAAAGAAAUCCAAAUGAGUUUGAAGACCCUAGAUUUAAAGUUAGAGAGUGGGGACAUCACUCUGAAAGGAUAUAAUCUGUCCAAGUCUGCUUUGCUGAGGCCAUUUCUGAAAGAUGCACAAGUCAUUGAAAUAAAACCUAACCAAAUUAUAAAAAGAGAAAAAGAUCCAGUGAAAAGAGAGUAUCACACUGACCUCCCCAAAGAAAAUUUAGAAAAUGCUGCUGGCCCAAAGAGAAUGGCUUCUCCUUCAGAGUCCACACAUGCCCACGGGGCUGGCAGGACUUUUGAGGUGGGCAACAUAUAUCAGGAGCAUAUGUUACCUCAGGAUUGGACAAAAGCUGCAUUUGUUUCUUCAACUCAGAAAGUCAGAGACAAUGUUGGCUUUAGAGGAAUAACCAUUAUUCCACCAAAAGACCGAAUGGCCCAGGAAAAAGAGCCAAAAGGGAAUGCACAGGAGAGUAGAAGACAGGGGCUGAACGAAGGGCAAACCGCCGAUGAUGAUCUGGGCAAUGGUGGAGUAGGGCCUGGAAGAAAACUUCAACAAUAUGCUGGGAGCUAUCCAGGUUUCUUGCCUUGGGAAAAAAGGAAGUAUUUCCAAGAUCUUCUCGAGGAAGAAGAAUCAUUAAAGAAACAGUUGUUAUACUUCACAGAGAGCAAGUCUGUUGGAAGACAACUAAAAGAUACAUUUGCCGAUUCUCUCCGAUAUGUCAAUAAAAUUCUGAAUAGCAAAUUUGGAUUCACUUCUCGGAAGGUCCCUGCCCAUAUGCCUCAUAUGAUUGAUCGCAUUGUUAUGCAAGAACUACAGGACAUGUUUCCUGAAGAAUUUGACAAGACUUCUGUUCACAAAGUACGCCACUCUGAAGACAUGCAGUUUGCCUUCUCUUAUUUCUAUUAUCUCAUGAGUGCACUGCAGCCACUGAACAUUGCUCAGGUUUUUGAUGAAGUUGAUACUGACCAUUCUGGCAUCUUGUCGGACAGGGAGAUUCGGACAUUAGCCACGAGGAUUCAUGACCUGCCUUUAAGCUUGCAGGAUUUGACAGGUCUGGAGCACAUGUUAAUAAAUUGUUCUAAAAUGCUUCCUACUAACGUCACUCAGAUAAACAACAUUCCUCCCACCCAGGAAGCCUACUACGACCCCAAUCUGGUAUCAAGAACAUAUUUGUAUCAUAGAAGGAAUUUGGACUUCUUUGGCUGCAUUUUUAAAGUUUUGCCACCUGUGACUAAAAGUCUAGUAACCAACUGUAAGCCAGUAACUGAUAGAAUCCAUAAAGCAUAUAAAGACAAAAACAAAUAUAGGUUUGAAAUCAUGGGAGAAGAAGAAAUUGCUUUUAAAAUGAUUCGCACCAAUGUUUCUCAUGUGGUUGGCCAAUUAGAUGACAUAAGAAAAAAUCCCAGAAAAUUUGUUUGCCUGAAUGACAAUAUUGAUCACAAUCAUAAAGAUGCACAGACAGUAAAAGCAGUGCUAAGAGAUUUUUACGAGUCCAUGUUUCCCCAACCAUCCCAGUUUGAGCUACCACGGGAAUAUCGGAACCGUUUCCUUCAUAUGCAUGAGCUCCAGGAAUGGAGAGCAUAUAGAGAUAAAUUAAAAUUUUGGACCCAUUGUGUACUUGUAACAUUGAUCAUGUUUACUAUAUUCUCAUUUUUUGCUGAGCAGCUAAUUGCACUCAAACGGAAGAUUUUUCCCAGAAGGAGGAUCCAUAAGGAAGUUGGUACUGAACGGAUUGGGGUAUAGGAAGUUAAAAGAGCUUACCUCCAUGCUUAUGCAAUGACUACAGUAUCCUUCUGACGUGGUGCCUCAGGAUCCAAGGCCUAAAGAAAUAAGAGACACAUCCCAUAAAGAUGGCAAGGGAUGUGAUACCCAGACCAGCUGAGUUGUUUAAUCGACGUUUCAAGAAAUAAUAGGUGUGUUGGGCAGUCCUCAACUGGAGUUCUACUUUGGAAGCAUUAGUUCGUGGACAUGUUAUCCUUUUUAUAAAAAGGGUUACUGAAAGAGAUACAGCUGCCUUUAUUGCAGUGGACACUGCCAAGUAAAUUUAACAUCCAAAUCCUAGGCCAACAUGGGAAGUUACCGAGAAGCCUCAGAUUUUGCAUUCCAAAACAUUCUGCUAUGAUCUUGCUGGGAUGCUUUUUUCAUUUUCUGUUUUUAAAUAGGUAACAAUUAAUUUAACUCUUUAUCUGUCAUUUUGUCCAGACUGUGAUAAUGAAACUUACUGACUGAAUGUAUAUAAACACAGCCUCAUAUUGGCAGGAUCAAAAAAUUUUGGAUUUGAAGAUCGUUUAGUGGGAUUUGGCUACAGAAGAUCUCAGUAACUGACAUCUGAAAUAUUUUGAAUUGGGUUUACUGGACUCCUUAAGAAUACAGGGAUUAAGUUUGUAAGCCUAAGCACAAAGGGCUAGUGUUAAGUAGCAAUAGCUACUGGCCAAUUAUUAUACUCAUGUUUUGGAAAUGUAAAAUACAAACAAAAGUGCCUCAUUGUAGAAAUUAGCAAUCACUGUAAUGUUGAUGGUUCCUUUAAUAUGACAGCAUGUGGUAUCAAGUUCUACAUAUUGAGAGAAUCUUUUUAAGUCUGAGCAGGUUCUAACACUGUGUCAUAUUUUGUUAUGACAUUAAUAAGACUAUGGAAAACUUGAGGAGGAAAGGCAAUCUUUUCAAGUUGAUGUUAUGGUUUCGACAUGUACUUUAAAUCAUAGUCACAGCAGUAUUUUUUUAAAAAUCCCAAGAAUCAUUUUGUUAUAGUUGUAAACUAGAAUCUGGAAUGUACCUAAUGGUUUUGUGCUGUCACUGUGUGCUUAAAAAGACUCACUGAUAAAA